ACUGCGAGCACUGCAGUACAUGCGACCAUACAACCGCUCACAGCCUGUGUUCGUUUUUCUUCACCGCCACCGACAACACGGAGGGAAACAGCCGUCUGUGUUUUCAAGUGUAGGGACGUAGAAGACCUCCACCGAGCCGGACCUGCAAACUUUCCCUUACAACCCGAACCACCGAGUGGUGAUGAAAGAUGUGCCUAAAUUAGGAUGUUCAGCUCCACUAGAGGCAGAGGGACACAUUGGAGCUGCCUGGCAAGCCCAAACUCACGCUUCCACCACCCACUGAAUUAGACUUUAUUGGAGGAUUCCUUGGCAUUCAUCGAAUUUGGUGUUGACUCAUUGCACAACAACUCAGAGGCGCAGUGAGUGCCAUUUGUGGACUGCUAAAGAUCAGAAAAUAACACAUCUCUGCUCCUGAUUGCUCAGUGGAUCUGCACGGUUUCUCCCAACAGACGCCACAGCAGAGAAGGAGGUGCAGCAGGAGCAAGGCUGCUUUCCGGUCAGAACAAACCUGUCACCAUGGAUGUGGAUGAGGAGGAGAAUAUGAGUUCAAGCAGCGCCGAUGUUAAGGAAAACCGAAACCUGGACAACGUGUCCUGCAAAGACGGGAUGGGAGUGGCUGAGCAGCUCCCAAAUGGCAGCGGCCUGGGCAGUCGAAAGCGGCCCCUAGAAGAGGGAAACAAUGGACACGCACACUCGAAGUUCCGGGCCAAAAAGCGCAAGAAAACGCCAGGGCCGGUCCUGCCCAAGAAUGCUCUGAUGCAGUUAAAUGAGAUCAAACCUGGUCUACAGUACAAACUGCUGUCUCAGACAGGACCAGUCCAUGCACCAGUGUUUGUCAUGACUGUUGAGGUGAAUGGACAAAUGUUUGAGGGCAUGGGCCCAACCAAGAAGAAGGCCAAACUGAAUGCAGCUGAGAAAGCACUGCGCUCCUUUGUCCAGUUCCCCAAUGCAUCUGAGGCACACCUGGCAAUGGGUCGGACCCUGACAGUGAACACAGACUUUACAUCUGACCAGGCUGACUUCCCAGACAUGCUCUUCAAUGGCUUUGAGACACCAGCCGCACCCGAAGAAUCCUUCUAUGUAGGCUCCAAUGGUAGCAGCUCUUUAAACUCACUAGGAGAGUACCCACUGCCCACACCACCUGGCAGCAACCUUGUCCAGCCCCCUUUGCCCCCUCCAUCAGCAUUCAGCUCCCCCUCCAGUGGCAAAAACCCAGUCAUGAUCCUCAAUGAGCUCAGGCCAGGUCUCAAAUAUGACUUUGUCUCAGAAAGUGGGGAGAGUCACGCCAAGAAUUUUGUGAUGUCAGUAACAGUGGAUGCACAGACGUUUGAAGGUUCAGGGCGCAACAAGAAGCUGGCUAAAGCCCGGGCAGCGCAGGCCGCCCUCUCAGCUCUCUUCAACAUGCAGCUAGACCAGACACCAUCCCGACAACCCAUACCCAGAGAGGGAUUGCAGCUUCACCUACCACAGGUUCUGGCUGAUGCCGUCUCUCGUCUGGUGGUGGAUAAGUUCAGUGAGCUGACAGACAACUUCACCUCCCCCCAUGCACGACGGAAAGUCCUUGCAGGGGUUGUCAUGACAACAGGGACUGAUGUAAAAGAGGCACAGGUCAUUUGUGUCUCUACGGGAACCAAAUGCAUCAACGGUGAGUACAUGAGCGACCGUGGCCUGGCUCUCAAUGACUGCCAUGCUGAGAUAAUCGCCCGACGCUCGCUCAUCAGGUACCUCUACACUCAGCUGGAGUUCUUCCUCAGCAACAGCAAGGAUGACCACCAGAAGUCUAUAUUUGUACCGUGUGAAAAAGGAGGCUACAGGUUAAAAGACAACGUUCAGUUUCACCUCUACAUCAGCACCUCACCCUGUGGAGACGCCCGCAUCUUCUCCCCUCAUGAGGCUGGAGUUGAAGAUCAGGGAGACAGGCAUCCCAACCGGAAAGCACGAGGCCAGUUAAGGACCAAAAUUGAAUCAGGAGAGGGCACCAUCCCUGUGAGGUCCAGCAACACCAUCCAGACGUGGGACGGGGUGCUACAAGGGGAGAGAUUACUUACUAUGUCCUGCAGUGACAAGAUUGCAAGAUGGAAUGUGGUGGGCAUUCAGGGCUCUCUGAUGAGCUACUUCACAGAACCAAUCUACUUCUCCAGCAUCAUCCUCGGCAGUCUCUACCACGCUGACCACCUCUCCAGGGCCAUGUACCAACGCAUCGCAGACAUCGAAGACCUGCCCCAGCAGUUCACUCUCAACAGGCCUCUACUCAGUGGAAUAAGCAAUGCAGAGGCCAGACAGCCAGGCAAGGCCCCCAACUUCAGUGUGAACUGGACGGUUGGCGACCAAGGUCUGGAGGUUAUCAACGCGACCACAGGCAAGGAUGAUAUGGGUCGCCCCUCACGUCUCUGCAAGCACGCCCUCUACAGCCGCUGGGUGCGCCUGCACUCCAAGUUGUCGUCCAUCUUGUGGAACAAGAUGCUGAAGCCCAGCUCCUACCAUGAAGCUAAGCAGGCAGCCACCGAGUACCACUCUGCCAAGCAGGCGCUCAUCAAAGCCUUUCACAAGGCCGGCCUGGGGGCCUGGGUCAAAAAGCCUAUCGAGCAAGACCAGUUCACCCACAGCUCCUGAGGGAGUCAAGGGACCAAGGGAACCCCAAACCCCCCCACCCACUCCUACCUUCCUGACCCAGGCCUAAAAGCAAGACCCCCCACCCCCUCCGUCCUUAUUAACAACCAGCCCACAGAGAGACUUACCUCCGCCCCACGUGUCGGCACGCACGUGCACUUUGUACUUGUGGAAACACAAGUGCGUAGUCUCACAAACCAUCCAUAGCUCAUCUUCGUCAUUCCUCAGAGGACGUCAGCCUCACCUUGUCUUUAAUCAUCGUUUUAUUUUUGUCCUUUAACUUUGAGUUUUAACCAAUAAUGUUUUUUCAUCUGCUUUUAAAACUGGAACCAUGGUUUUUACAUGUUUGUUUAUGUUUCCCACAGAAUGUGUUUUUAUGCCAUAGAUGUAAAAGUUGAAAUGAAACAGUUUUGUCUGUUUUUCUUGAUCGAUGAGUGUAGCCAGUUAAAGGUAAAUGUAGCCUAGAAACACGGGAUCUUUUUAACUAGAGUCAGUGUUUAUGGACCUUAAAUAUAUAUAUACUAGCUGAAAUGGAUGAGGAAUUUUUAUUUAAAGAUGCAAACAUUUUUAAGAUGUAAAUCUAGAAUUGAAAAGAAAAACCAGAAAAUAGUUUUAAAACAAGUAAUGUGUGUUAUUUGGUCCAUUCCUUAGAUGAGACUACCUGUUCUUAGCCCCUGUAUUAAAGACUAAAAUGUUACAAAAUAUCGUGGUCCUGUGUGAUUCACUGACUGAAACCAAGCAGUUUAGUCCAUCAUUGUCUUUUUUAUGUCUCCAUUUCUUCAUGUAUUUGUCCUUUACGUUGAUUCAUGUCACUCUCAUUCCAUACUUGAACCGUCCGGGAGGGGACCACAUCUCCUCCCCCCCUCACCUUGGUCCUGGGACAAGCUUUUGGAGUGGCUGCACGUUGUAUCUUUUUCCUCAAUCUAAGCCAUGGCUUUGCAUGGGAACUGAACUGGGAGGCGUACAGAGAAGAAAAACACGUGGUGGAGAGCGUCCAUCAGUGAAUGAUUUUUUUGAAUGAAUGCCAGCAUCUUCCUCCACAGGCAGCUUUGAAUCUUUGUCUCUCUAUUUUCUAGAGUUCUCGUGAUUGUGUGUUCGUUUCUGGGGGGGGAGGGUAAGGGACCGUGUUUAUUUUCAUUGUUUUCUUAUGUUUGGGCAUUUGAGGAGUGGGGAUAUUACUGCAGUGAAUACCACAUAAACAGACCUCUCAGAUCUUGUAACUAUGUAACUUUGUGGCAGGGAUCCAUGGUAGCUGUCCGUUGAACUCUUACUAGAAAGCAUGGUCUAUGUGCUGUAGAGACACAUACAGUAUAUGAAAUUACAUUCACUAGAUGCAACACAGUCUGUAGUGAUAGCCUGGAAUGCUAACAUGUUGUAAAUCCUCCAUAUGAUUUUAAAAAAGAGGAACACUACCAUUCCCUUUAUGCAAAUAUCUGACAAACCAGUAGGUUCAAACCAAAUGUAUCACGGUGUGAUGUCACUUCCUUUUUCCUCUAUCUACAUCUGCAGAUACGCUAGUUUAAGAAGACAUUCGUGAUCCAAGCUGCCAUCUUUACACCCUAUGUCCUCUUCUUUUACAUCUCUAAACGAGGACAAAAUAACUGCAGUGAAUCUGUAUUCAAAGUUGUGUAUGUGCGUGUGUUUUCAAGCAUAAUCUGUGGAAUCUUCACCAAAGAUGAUGAUGUCCAUGUGUUUCUGCCCUUGUUUUUUUUUUAAAUCUUACUUUUCCCCUCUAUAAAUCAACCCUUUACUGUUUGGUUUUUGUAUAUCCUAACAAUAUAUUUUGAUUUGUACAAAAUCUGUAUAUUCCAUUCAGUAUGGGGGGGAGCAAAUGAACUGUCAGGCUUCUUUAGUGCAUUUGUAGCCGUUGGUGGCCACGUGUAAACUGUAACCUGCGAUCAUUACUGCUGCCGUAUAUCUCUGUGUAUAUAAGGAACAAAAAAAACACCCAUCCCAUCUGGAAACUGGACUCUUCUCUGUUGUUGUUGGGAUUGUGAAGAUGUUAAUGAUUGGUUCUCUGUGACACAUUAAGCAUGGCACUAGCACUGCCGGGGUUAACAGGCUUCAUCCCCAUUGUAGCCACCAAUGUUUAAAAAUAUGCACUGUGUGGUGUCUCAGCUAAAAGUGGCAUCCACCAGCGGGCACGUGUGAUGUCAUAAAUGUUCAUUUUAUACGUGUAUUUGCUCUUUUUAUAAGUCGGGAAUAGAAAAGCAGGAAAAUUGAAUCUACCGGUGUCGACUUGAAGGUGGAAACUUUGAAAUUUGGUUCCAAAUAUAGUCACAGAAAACGUCAGCCCCCCCCUGACAAACAGACCCAGACCAAAGUCACAAGCAAUACUCCUGAUGUCUCCUUUAAUGUCAGCCGUCACAAACAGGAGUCUGAAUGAAGUUUUCCCUCCCCCUCUGCUCCUCCAACCUCUGUUCUUCUUCUGUUUCUCUCUACAAAGCUGUCUGAGGUUUUAUUUUGUAUAUUCCCCCCUCUAAAGACUGCCUGCUUGUAGUUAUUUUCUUUCCUUUGACUGCACUAACGAUGUCAACUGAUGAUGUCAUGAUAUAUAACCGUCCCUGUCUCUGGAUUGGAUGGCAACUAUCACAGCAAGAACUGAACUGCUUCUGCUUAACCCUUUGUGAAUCCUCUAUGAUGGUCAGUAUCCCUCCUGCAGCUGCGUCUGUAGUGGAGUUUUCUUUAUGGUUUUUUAUUUUUUUUGUGACCCCAGAGUGGGCGGGGUGUGCCCACUCAGGGUUUCACAUGCCCGUUCUCUUUCUAUCUCUCCAGCUGUCUGAUGUGUGAUAAAAAACCUCCACCGACAAAAAUCCACAACCUUGCAUGUACCAACACUGAAGCUGCACCUCGCAUGAUGACAAACUUUUAAAGGACUCGAGUAGAUAAAAAAAGAAAAGAAUCUAAAGAUAGA